CAAUUUAAGUUUUCAUGUAGGAAACAAUAUGUACAUAAUAAGAAAAAAAAGCACAACAACUUAACAAGUCAAGUUUGAUGACAAACUUUGACGUUGGCUUGAUAAAUUACAAUAACUUUUAAAAGCUUGAAGUUUGAAUGUUUCACUCUGAUAAGACAUUACAUAAGUCAGUCCAAUACAAACUAAUUUAGACUCUUAGACUUCAGACCCCAUUAGACCAGCUUGACCUGUUGAAAAAACAGCAUAUGCUGGUUAGGUAUGAUUUGAAGCUGGGAUGCUAGUUUGAGCUGGUUUAUGCUGGUCCUUUGCUGGUUUAAGAUGGUCCUUAGCUGGUUAUGUACUGUUCCUAAACUGGUCUGACCAGCUUAAGAUCAGCACAUGACCAGCGGAGGGCCAGCAUAAACCAGCAAAUGAAAAGCUUUAACCAGCAUCCCAGCUUCAAAACAUACAUAACCAGCAUACUAGCUCAGCCAGACUGGGAGACCAGCUUAAACCAGCUAAGACCAGCCAACCAGUUUAGGCUGGUUUUGGUUGUUGCUUGGCAUUGUUUACAUGCUUCUGGGAGUUACUAGAAUGUUCUUACAUUUUCUUAACAUGCUUUAAUAUGUGGAGUAUUGUUAUCUUUUUUUUAGGUUGUUUAUAUCAUUUUGUAACAUCGUUAGCAAGCUUCUAGCAUGUUGUCAACACAUUUAGCACAUUGCUAGCAUGGUAAACAUGUUGAUAGCAUGUUUAUUGUAAAAUAUAUCACAUUUCUAGCAUUUUUGACAUGUUGCUAACAUGUCUCUAGUAUAUCUUAGCACAUUACUAGCAUGAUUUAGUAUGUUGCUACAAUGUUUGAACAUGUUGCCACAAUGAUUUAGCAUGUUUCUAACAUGUUUUAGCACAUAGCUAGCAUGAUUUAACCUGUUUGUCGGCAUGUUUCUAAGUCACCUUUAUUUAUAUAGUGCUUUAAACAGUUUCUAACAUGUUCUAGCAAGUUGCUACCAUAAUUUAGCACAUUGCAUAUUUUACAUUUUGAUAUUUGAAAAAGUUUCUGGCAUGUUUAAACACUGUUAGCAUGUUUUAGCAUGUUACUAACAUGUUGUAGCGCAUUACUAGCAUUAUUUAACACGUUGAUUGACAGAUGAUGAAACAAAUACAGGAAAACUGUAAUUCUGAUCAGUCGUAAAAAAUACAGCACACUGUGAGAAAUUCCUAAAAAGCUGAGCCUAGUUUGGACGAGUUACUUUUAGUACUUGUUAGUAAUUGUUAGUAAUUUUAGGAAAAUCUUAAAUCAGUUUGCUUUGUUAAACGAAUAAGUGUUAAUUUGAGCAGUUUAAUGUGCAGUAAAUAUCACUGCUCUUUAAAUUUUAUUGUGUACAUGAGUCAUAGGACUGUAUUCACGAGAAUCAGAGAACACGAACAAGAAGAUGAGCAGAGGACAGUGCUGGGGUUUGUUUGCCGGGUUUAAUAUUCAGGUCACGGCAGGAUGCUGUAACUGUACCUGUGAGUCUGCAGACGCCAAGCAGAGAAAGGAAAAAUACAACAGAGAUGAAAAGAGAUGGAGAGACUUUUGACAGUGCAUCUGUAGAACAGAUAUAAGAACAGAUGAAAGAAAUAUUCCAGUUUCCCAUUCCUGGUGCAGCUUAGUAGCACACUAUGAUGGGACUCCAGAUGAGCUUUCUGUCCACAGGACGUGGUUGAAGAGGCGGUGCUGUUGCUCCUCAUCACAGAAUCGAUGGCCAGCGGCGAGGCGGUGAUCAGUCGCUCACCGGAGCAUCAGGAGGUGAGGGAGAGCAGCAUGCAGGACAUCUCCUCCAUCUAUGACCUGCUGAGCAUCGCCAUGGCCAGGAGGGGGCAGUAUGCACUCCUGUCAGAGUGUUUGGAGCGGGCCAUGAAGUUCUCCUAUAGUGAGUUUCAUCUUUGGUAUCAGCUUGGCUUGUCUUUGAUGGCAAGUGGGAAGAAUGAGGGUGCAGUGUCAGUGUUUAAAGAGUGUGUGACAAUGAGACCACAGGACCCCAUCCCACCUCUGCUUGCAGCAAAAGUGUGCAUCAACCAGCUGCACUGGCUGGAGGAAGCAGUGACCCUCUCAGCAGGUGUGGUUGCAUUAGGAGAGUGUGCUGGGGAGUCUCUUCCUCGAGCUCAUCUGGCCAUCGGUCUGUGCUGUAGUCUGCAGGCCUCUGACGCUCCGCUGAAAGCUGAUCGCGAUGAGUUCAACAGAAGAGCGCUGCAGUCACUACAGAAAGCACAUGCCCUGGACCCUGAGGACCCUCAGAUCUCCUUCUACCUCUCUCUGCAGCUCGCUCUGGUCCGACAGGUGUCAGAAGCGAUGGAGUCGUUGCAGUUGGCUCUGAAUAUUCAUGGGGAUGAUCUGCACUCUCUACACCUGCUGACUCUACUGCUCAGUGCCCAGAAACACUACCAGCACGCCCUUGAUACGCUUAAACUCGCCGUUCUCCAGCACCCGGACAACUUUAACCUUCUGUUUACCAAAGUGAAGCUGGAGGAGGUUUUGUUGGGCCCCGCUGCUGCUUUACAGACGUGUACAGAAAUGCUGCAGCUGUGGCAGAGUCGCUAUGAUGUCACCCGUCUCGGCGAGGAGGAUGACACUAGCAGCAUUCCUCCUGAUCCAGGCCCGCUGUGCAGGAAACCCAGCGGCCUCCAUCUCAUGCUCCCAGACUUCCAGGAGACAGACACCGGGUCUCAGAGCGCCCCAUCUCUAGCUGUGUCCCGUCUGGAGCAGGCCAUGUCCGAGGUGUCGGCCCUUAGCUCCACCCACAGGCAUGGCCCCGCCUACAUUUGGACCACCCUGGAACGCAUCUGGCUGCAAGCAGGAGAGUUGUUCAUGGCUGACGGACGGAUGAAGGAAGCUCAGUUCUGUGUGCAGGAGGCAGGAACUCUCUUCCCCGCCUCACACUCAGUGCUGCUGCUCAAGGGCCGCGUGGCCGAGCUCAGGGGCAACGACACGGAGGCCAAGAGCCUGUAUGAUGAAGCUCUCGCCAUCAACCCCAGAGGACACCACAUACUGCUGCACCUGGGGAAGUUGUUGGUGCGCACAGGCCGUGUGGGUCUUGGGGAGAAGAUGCUGAGGGAUGCGAUACAGGUGGAGAACACAGCACACGAGGCCUGGAGCGGUCUAGGGGAGGCACUGCAGAGCAGAGGCAGUGCACAGGCUCCGGACUGCUUCCUGACCGCACUGGAGCUAGAGUCCAGCUGCCCUAUACGGCCCUUCACCAUCAUCCCCCGAGAACUCUGACACGCUCAUACAUGUGUGUAUGACUCACUGGAGCCAAUGCUGUUCUUCAAUCACUUUAAUGACACAUACUGUAAAACAAUAGCAUUGCACAUUUAGGCUUUUUAUUGUAUUGAAAGGCAAUGUUCUAAAGCUGUGGUCACAUUAGCAAAUAUCAGUACCAUAUUUUCCGGACUAUAAGUCGCACUUUUUUUCAUAGUUUAGCUGAUCCUGCGACUUAUAGUCAGGUGCGACGAAUUUAUCAAAAUUAAUUUGACAAGUACCGAGAGAAAUGAACUAAGAGAAAACAUCACCGUCUCCAGCCGUGAGAGGGCGCUCUAUGCUGCUCCGUGCUCCUGUAGUCUACACUGAAGACAUAGAGCGCCCUCUCGCGGCUGUAGACGGUAAUGUUUUCUCUUGGUUCUUGGGUUUAAAUAAAUGCGACUUAUAGUCCAGUGCGACCUAUAUAUGUUUUUUUCCUCAUAAUGACGUAUUUUUGGACUGAUGCAACUUAUACUCAGGUGCGACUUAUAGUCCGAAAAAUACGGUUAUAUUUUUUAGACAAAAGAAAAGUCCAUUGUCAAUAGAUUAAUAUAAAGUAUUGAUUACACAGAUAUGUCUUUCAAAUCAUGCAAUUUUUUUGUUGUUCAUCAUGGUGAAUUCGCAUGACCAAUUUGAAUAAUUUUCCGACUUGCAGGUUGCGCAGAUUCAUGUGGAAAUAACUGGAUUUCACCUGCAAAAUUUGUGCUAUAAUGACUGAUUUACACUGUUUGAACAGUGGUAAAUCUGAUCGCACCUUUAGGGCCAGACUUACUAACAGCUUGCACCAGCGUAAACCCUCUCUCAGUGUUAAAAAAGUAUGGUCAGGACUUACUAAAGGUGCACAGUGAAGAAUUAGCGAUGAAUUGGUGUGGACAGAGUUGUUUUUGUGGCUGACCUUAUUGCAUGUGCAUUUGUAGGACUUUUAAAUUUAUGGGAGGGGAUGAUUUAAAUGAAUCACGCAAAAUGAUUUUAUUAAGUGAUGCAUUAUUCAAUUUACUGGUAUUUGUAAAAAAAAAAGCAUAUUUUAACCCAUUUUGCUCUUGACAUGGCUGUGAUUGUUGCUGCCAGGAGAAGGCACUCCAGACAACAGAGAGCGUGCUAGAAGGUUUGGAAAGAUCUGCUUGUUUGCAAUCUUACGCUAAUUUGUGUUGCUCUUGGUAGAUUGCGUUGGUCAUUAAGGAAAUGAGUUGUCACGUCUGUGUUCUUUAAUUUGUGCAUUGUCAUUAGAUUAUCUACAGAACUUUACACACCCGUCUGCACUUUUUUGGAAUUGCGUUCUUGCACUAAUUUGCCUUGUUUAGUAAAUCUGGCCCUUAGUCUGGCGGAAGUUAAACAAACAGCUAACAUCUUUUACAGCAACUUUAGCGUAAAGAAAAAAUACAUUAGCACAGGGUUAUGUGUAGUGUAAAAUGUCUAUUAUUAUAUAAUAAUACUGUAUACACGGGACUAAAAUAGCGCCGCCCUUGUGACCAAAACACAUAGCUACAUAAACACAGCACAGAAUGACUGAACACAAUUGUUUUUUUGCAAAUAUGCUGCAAGAUGUUCAUAGCCUUGUUUCUCAGGGAAAAUCUGUUGAGUUCUAGACUCUUUAGCUUACGUUAAAUUCUUUAGUAUUUAUAAACCUAAUAGUCGUCUGUACUAUUUGUUGUUUAAAAAUUGUUUUUCUGAUAAAGAGUGAUUUUGCAA